AUGGAUGACUCGCCAAUAGAACAAGUGCGACUGACAGUUCCUUCGACGGACGAUCCAACGUUGCAAGUGUUAACAUUCCGCAUAUGGAUUCUUGGUGUUCCACUCUGCAUCCUGCAGUCGGUGUUGCUUCGAAUCUCUUCUUUCAGGCAGCAGUUCAUCAACAUAUCAUCCGUUUGUAUCGAUAUCUUCUUGUAUGUUGGAUGUAAUUUGUUAGCCAGAGUUUUGCCAAAUAAAGUUGUGAGAAUCCCGGGCACAAGAUGGAGCUUUUCGCUGAAUCCGUGCUCCUUCAAUAUCAAAGAACAUAUCGCCAUGUCCAUAUUUGUUAAUUCGGUAGGCAGUCCAGGCUUUUCCAAUAUCAGUGUAGCCAAGAUCUUUUACCACAAAGAAAUUCAUAUUUUACCCGCUUUGCUCUUGGUUAUAUCAACUCAGUUCUUGGGUUACGGAUUUGCUGGUUUGUUUCUAAAAUUUUUUGUGGAUUCAACGUAUAUGUGGUGGCCCAGUGUACUUGCCAAUAUCUCAUUUUACAGCAUCAUCCCUGCUUAUUUCUUCCAGUCUAUUGCUGCUCUCUCCUUUGUGUGUUGGAUAUGGAAGGACUCAAUCACUGCACAACAAAUUGGCUCCGGGAUGAAUGGACUCGGCAUUGGAUCAAUUUCGCUUGAUUGGAUGACUAUAACAAGUUUUUUAGGAAGCCCUUUGGUUCUCCCUUCAUUUGUGAUAUUCAAUAGUUUGAUUGGAUUUAUCGUGAUCACAUACAUUAUUAUACCCUUCUCUUAUUGGAGUAAUGCAUAUGAAGCAAGAAAGUUUCCACUGUUUUCGACCAAUAUCUAUGAUUCUCAUGGGCACAAAUACAAUGUCUCAAGAAUUAUAGAUUCUAACACUCUCGCGUUUAAUCAAGAAGCCUAUGAUAAGUACUCCAAGAUAUACUUCACUACUUCUCUGCUUUAUUGUUACGCAUUUAGUCUUGCUCAAUACACAUCCUCUAUUUCUCAGAUGACUCUUUUUUAUGGGAGAUCACUGUGGCAAAAAUUUAAGAAAGCAUAUAAAGACGAUGAUGAGCUAGAUGUGCAUGGGAGGCUAAUGAAGCAAAAUUAUGAAUCUAUUCCUCAGUGGUGGUUUUACUCCAUAUUGUUGUCUAUGAUCGGCAUGGCAAUUCUGGUAUGUGAAGGUUUUGGAGGUCAAUUUCAACUUCGUUACUGGGAAGUUUUGUUGGCAUGCGCUUUGGUUUUUCUGUUCCUUCCAUUGGAAUGUAUACUCGAAGCAAUUGCUGGUUCGGGAUUCACAUUAGAUUUGUUAUUGGAAGCCAUCAUUGGAUACUUGAAUCCAGGCAAACCUCUAGCCAACAUGGCUUUCAAAUUAUAUGGAUCAGAGGCUCACCUAGUGGCAGCCUCUGCUAUAUCUAGCUUCAAAGCAUCACACUAUAUGAAGAUUCCUCCAAAAAUCUUAUUUCACCUCAUGAUUUUAGGCACGACGAUUUCAUGCUUCACCGAUUUCGGCAUAGCAUGGUGGAUGCUCCGAUCAAUAGACAAUAUUUGUCAACCAGACUUACUUCCGGCGGGAAGUCCUUGGACAUGUCCCAGUGAGAAAGUAAUGUACCUCUCUGGGGUAACAUGGGGGCUUGUUGGACCUAGCAAGACGUUUUAUCCCGAUGGCAUGUACUCAGUAGUCUUCAUCUUUGCUCUAAUAGGACUCGUUGCACCAAUUCCCAUUUGGUUAUUAUCACACAAGUAUCCUGAAAAGAAAUGGAUUGGACUCAUUAACUUUCCAAUUAUAUUCAGUGCCGCUCUUGUUCUACCUUUCGGCGGGAUGUUGGGUUAUUGGAGCUGGUUUAUUGUUGGUUUCCUCUUCAACUAUUUCAUCUAUCAUAAACAUAGAGAAUGGUGGACUAGAUAUAAUUAUCUAUUAUCUGUUGGACUUGAUGCCGGCUCUGCAUUUUUUGUUCUUCUGCUGAGCGUCUCUCUUCAGUUUCAGGGUAUAUAUGGAACGAAUUGGUGGGGAUUAGAAUUAAGUGAUCAUUGUUCAUUGGCAAAUUGUCCCACAAUACCUGGUGUGAUUAUCGAAGGUUGUCCCAUAAUUCAGUGA